GUCACACAGCUUCAUUUCUAGUCAGUGCAUACCCUGUAAUUUCUUGCUAGCACCCUGUAACCCUUUAAACCACAAAUAUUCUGGUUUAUUUUUGUCCUGCUCUUGUUGCGCUAUAGCUCCACCAGACCCUAAUAAUGUGUUAGCAUUGGGGACACACUGCAGAAUGAAUCCCCCACUAAUGGGCUAUUUGUUCUGUCAAUAACAUCUUACAGAAUAUGCUCACAAUAGAGCACCAGUCUGGAGGGCCGCCUUGUGCUGCGGUAUCAGCAGACAGGCCCAGCUAUUGGACAGAAGGGAUAUCCGUCCAAAUUGUUGAGUUUGCAAGAGGUACACCUGAUAUCUCAAAUAUAUUCCUUUAUCCCAGCCUAGAACAUCUUGAGCUUUGCCUGCUGAUUCUCUAGUGGACUACACAGCAUCAGCCCCCACUGGCCUUGUUUGUUCUGAAAUGCCUGGCGUGUUGUAUAUCUCUCAUGCACUUCAUUCCCAAUAUGCCUCCCUUCAUGCUUUUGACACGUGCUCAUUUAGAUGGCUGCGUUACUGCAGCAAGAUUUAGCAACUUUUACAGAGAAGGAUUUGCCCCCUUCUGUCUCGUUGCUCAACACAACCGUGAUGUCGGUCUCUCACCCACACAACCAGCCACACCCAGAGUGCCAUCUCCAGUUGCUGCAGCUGAAAGCUGGGAUAAGUGAAGCCAAGUACCGGUACGAAUAAUGUAUGGUUCGAUUCAGCUGAAGUCACUUCCAAGGAAAUGCCUUUGGAAGUAAUGGCUUCCAUCAAACUGUUAUAUGUGACUUCCUGUCUUCCCUGUCUGUGUCUCUCAGGUGAGCGAACCUCAGCUGACGCGUCAAUGAGCAGAAGCCCCGCCAGCAGCCCUUCCCAUGAAAGCCAGCCCUCGGUCAAGAUCAGGAGACGAGAUGGGGCAGGUACAGGAGCGGUUAAUGUCAGCUGUGUUUGGCAUAUUGAGAGAUACCUGGAGUGCUCAUGGCUUCGUGGAGAGAAUGCAAGUCGUGACACAAACUACAGCUUGACUUUGUGGAUCCCAGACCUCAAAAGAGAACAGCCAUGCACAAAUUACACCAAGCAAGGGGGUGCCUUUCGAUGUGCAUUUGGCUUGAAAUAUGUCUGGACGGAACUCAGCAUUUCAAUACAAGGCAAUUCCAAGGACAUUCAGCCUGUGUGUAUCCUAAGCGAAAUAUCGGGAGAAGGCAGAUUUCCAGUCAGACUGAAGACUCCAUCGAUUGUGAACAUCACAAAGAACAAUGGAGGUGUUUUUUUAAACUGGACUAAACCAUCCCUAUGGAGUGGCAUGAACUAUGAUGUAGAAAUCAAUAACUCAGGAUCGGCGAUAAAGCCAACUCACAAUACUAAUAUGUCAAUCAGUCUCAAGCCUAAGGCACGCCACACUUUUCGAGUGAGAGCAAAGUUCAACAACUGGACCAGUGAUUGGAGCGAGGUGGUGGACUGGGAUGAGAGAGACCACACAUCAUGUAUCCCAUACAUUCUUGCUCCAUUAUGUGUGGCCGUCCUGACUGUCGUUUUUCUCAUUUACCGUAAACAGAUUAAAGAGAUGGUUCUUCCUACAAUUCCUGAACCUAGAAACUUUCUGGAACAAAUGUUUGACGGGGAAAGGGAAGACUAUUCAAAAGUAAAACCUGCCCCAGAAGACACCAAAUUAAGCUGAGCAAAUCCAUUUGAUGGUAUUGAUGCAGCCUUCUUAGGGGAGCCAACUUGAAUAAAAUAUUGUGGGGGCUCAGGUAAGCCCCACCUUGCAUAAUCGAUCACAAGACACACCAUUUGAAUGGCAAUGCCCAUCAACUUUGGGGGGGAGCUCCCUCAAAUAUUUUGUUUGGGGGCACUGAAGGGACCUUGGCCUCUUAAGAGUUGGCUCCUAUGCUUCACAUUAUGGGAUCUGAGGAGAGCAGAUGACUCUUCUGGCCUGAAAUGUUUUCUGAUCUUUAGGGACAGUGACUGAUGCUCCUAGCUGAUGAACCAUCUCAAUCAGCUGGUGAACAAUUUUCCUGCCCUGGGUUCCUUCAGGAGGAAAGGUGGGAUAUAAGUUCAGUGAACAAAAUAGUCUCCUGAAUCGUUAGCCUGAGAGCGAGGGCAUGUCCUCUGGUAAUGGAAAGGAAUGACUUGAAAGAAGGAGAGAAAGACUAGAGAGGAGAGCACUACACCAGCCAGCCCUAUCCUGAUGCCCUUCUGAUCUUGCUGGACUACAAUUCCCAUUAUCCCUGCCCAACAGCCACACACUAGUUGGGGCUGAUGGGGGUUGUAGUCCAAAAUACCUGGAUGGCACCAGGUUGGGGAAAGAUGCACCAUAGUUAUGUACAUCUUGUUGUCUGCAUUGAAAGAAAUUGAGAAGUGCUCCUUGGUGGCUAGGCAGGGUGUUCAUGAGAUGUCUCCAGCUCUCCAGGUGUCAGGAGAACACAGCACACCUGUCUUGUUGUGUGGGUGGCAAGCAAGUGUUGCAGGUCAGCGUGGGCGAUGUGAUUCAUGUCCACAAAUGUGUCAAUUAGCAAACUUGGACAACUAAUCUUUGCCUCCUCCAAGUGGUUGGAGUGGGUAGCUGCAACCUGCAAUUUGAGGUUGUUAGAAUGGGAGAAGGGGACGACAGAGGACGAGAUGGUUGGACAGUGUUCUCGAAGCUACGAACAUGAGUUUGACCAAACUGCGGGAGGCAGUGCAAGACAGGAGUGCCUGGCGUGCUAUGGUCCAUGGGGUCACGAAGAGUCGGACACGACUAAACGACUAAACAACAACAAAGAAUGGGUUGAUCUUUUAAAUCAGUGGUUCUCAACCUGUGGGUCCCCAGACAUUGUUGGACUACAACUCCCAUCAUCCCUAGUGGGAAGGUCCAGCAGUCAGGGAUUGUGGGAAUUGUAGUCCAACAACAUCUGGGGACCCACAGGUUGAGAACCACUGUUUUAAAUGAAAGGACUGUGGUGUUCUGCUGUCCCUCAAGGCAGAUGGUUUAAAUAUGGCUCCCCUUCAUCGCAUACACAGCUCAACAUGACAAUGACAAAAGCCCACCAACAGCAUACAAAUCAAUAUGGCUAACCUGACCCAAAACACCCACCCAAUCCACUCACACAUGAAAACAAAGAUCACCACAGCCAAUCACAAAUGAACAACCACACCCUAGGCCAACCCCAACCUCUCUCACCACCAAAGGAACACAAGAGAAUAGCAAAGAACCUGUACAAGCGACGCUGACACAAAACCCCACAUAUAUUAUGUAAAAUAGAAACAUUGCCACCCCACCCCCACUCACCUCUCCCCCUCCACCUCUCUCCCCCUUUUCUUCCUAAUGUUUCAACAAACAAAACUGAUCUGUAAAAAAUGUUACUUGAAAAAAGAGAGAGACAUUGUACAUACUUUUGUAAACCAAGAAAAUCUUUAAUAAAAAUACAUAAAAAUUAAAAAUACGAUAGGUUUAUGUGGGCAAAUGGGAAAAGUGAUUCUUUAGAAAAGUUAGAACUGAGCAUGCUCUAUGCCUGUGAUUUUACGGGAACAAUUCCAAAAUAGACACCAGACUGAGAACUGUGUCAAAACAAACCAAGAAAUAAAAACAGCUAUCUUUCCAUCUUCCUGGUGUGGUCUACAUAUGUUAUACUCUCAGCUAUGCUCUGUAGAUCAGGGCCUAGUUUAUAAAGUAGAAUGAGACUGUCUAGCCAAAAAAUCCCCGAACACAUAAGAGCUUAAAAGAAAAUGCAUGGGAUGAAAUGUGUACAGUAUUCACUUCAAUUAGUAUUUAUGCAUAUGUGGGUGGGAUUUUCAAGCCACUUCUCAUCAUUUAAAAUUCCAUGCUGAGUUCCACACCCGUGAGGCUGUUACCUUCAGGUAUCUUUGAAUCAGUUGUUUGGCGUAGUUCGCUCAGUUUUAUUGUACAGAAUUCCUUAUGACUUUUCAAAGUAGAAUUUCUAAUUCUGUUUCACCUCCCAUCACAACCUCUAAAUUCAGCUGAGAGCACCCUCUGCAGAUCAUAAUCUGUAUAGGAAAGCCCUGGUACCAAAGGCAUGUUCUAGGCAGGGCCGUAGCUAGGGGGUGGCAAGGUGGGGCCCCACCAUGGGCGCAG